GUUUAUUCCAUCCAACUUAGGUAAUUUGGAGUGUAGUCAUUUUUGAAUGUCGGCCAUCUUCAUCGGAAUAAUUUCUAUUUUGCGCAUUAAUGCGUCAUUUGCGCGGUUCUGCAAGUUAUUCUCGUGAGCAUAGAGUGUCUACUCGCUCAUACUGCUUCCCUCAGCCCAGGGGUCUUGCUUCAAGACACUUCGGAAAUUGGUAUCCACAUAUUGCAGCCACUCGACCACCGGGAGUGAGGCAUGAUGUUCGACUACUCACUUCAUUCGCCAACGCUCCUGGCUUAAUUGGAAGUCAGAUACCACUACUGACGCACCUGGCUAUUCGGCCACAACACAUAAAUCGUAUUAGAGCAAAAAGAGACCACUCUUUCACUCGCUCACGUUUUCUAAACCGCAGAAAAAGAAGUGUUCGAGCAUCGAAAAACACUUUAAACCCCAGUGAUCCCUUAAAUUUGCAAGACUUAAUGAAAGAGACGGAACGUCGUCGAGUGGAAGGUUUGUCACCGCUUCGUGGCGACUCGCGUAUGAAUACACCAGCUGCUAGUGUUGCCGGUGAUGUUGAUUGUGGUAGUCCUCAGAAUCAUGGUAUUCAGACUUCAAGCGCGUCAAAAGACUCAGGAUCGCCUCGUCUCAACAGUCGAAAGUUGGAUUGUCAUUCGAAACGACAGUCUCAUCGCCUUAUACGUAGACGUCCAAUGCGGGCCUCUAAGUGUUACACCGUUGGUCGCUGUACCAGGGGUUUUAUUCCCACAACAGGAAAUUAUUGCGAUUACUACAGACGUCGCGAUCCAAAUGAUAGACUUCCUUAUUUAAUGCCUGAGUGGUUCGUAGGCAAAGAUGUAGCAGACUACGGAUGUCAUAACGGGACACUUACGUUUGGUGUGCUUGAAAAGUUCCCAGAAGUCAAGAAAAUAGAUGCAUUUGACUGUGAUGCCGAAUUAAUUGCAAACGCCCAAAGUAUGCAAAGAGAGAGAUUGCGAUGGGAUACAGAAUCUAAUAUCAGGUAUGAGAAGAUUAACUUCCAAGUUGCUAAUUGGAUUGAUGAGUCAACUACGAAUGAUGAACCUGAGUAUGAUACAAUCAUGGCCUUCAGUGUUACUAAAUGGAUUCAUCUUAAUCAUGGUGAUCCUGGUCUUAUGAGGUUCUUUAGACGUGCCUUCAACCGCCUUAAACCAGGUGGACACCUAAUUCUGGAGCCACAACCCAAAUCGUCAUAUAAGAGGACACGACUGACGGUAAGCGUUCACUUUGUAAAGUUUAUUUAGCAGGCUAAACACAGAUCCAUUUAUGAAACUUUGAAAAUCAAUCCAUCGAAUCUUGAACCUUUACUAGUAGAUCUUGGGUUUUCUUAUUUCGAUACUAUCAAAGAUCCUAGACCUAAUGAACCAUUCCGGCGCAAAAUAAUCUUAUGUUCGAAGUCCUAUGGAGCAACUCCGGCAUCCAUUCGCAAUGAUUUUCGUUCAGAAGUACAUAAUUGGCAAAGUUUUAACUCACCCCACAGUCCACAUGGUCGGGAACCUCCACCAGUGUGUUAUCUCCCACAGACACCAGUUUAUAAUGUAGGCACUCCAUUCACUACAGGGAGUUCUCCGACAAGCAGACAUGUGUGUGCCUCUAGCACUGUUUUAAGCCCGACAGUCUUAUCCAGUGUUUCUCCACUUAUCCCCGUUGUGGAUUCUGUGCCAACUCCUACCUGUGAACCAGAUUCAACAUCUAAUUGUUGACUAAAUAUUUUUGUACAUAGUUCAUAUUUCUUGACUUAUAUUUCAAGUUAAAAUCCUUGUACAGUUUCAUGUAAUAUAGUAAAAUGUUUAUUAUUUACAUCCCUAUCAAUAAGAUUUCGUAAAGUUAA